CACCAUAAGUGGACGAGGUCAUACGUUUCUCCGCCCCGAAAGGCCCGUAUGAGCCCCACAUCUUAAACUCCCAAUUGAACCUUGCAGCAGUGGGAAGCUCUCUCUUUUCGGUAUAGCGCCAAUUGAGACUGGCAGAAAAAAAAUCCAGAGCAGACCUGGAGCUCCACUGGUGAAAGAAAUCCCAAAACUUCAAGAGCCGGCGAAAGGACCCUUGUCGAACGGCGGCACAUACAUCAAUUUUGGGUCCCCAAUUGACCGCAUAAUUAGAGGGAACGGCAUACUUAUCAACUUUACAAGACAAUGUCGCGAGGAGCGCCGCGUGGACGCGGCUUUGGAGGUGGCCGUGGAGGGGGAGGCUUUGGCGGAGGCGGCCGAGGUGGUGGCCGCGGCGGUUUCGGACAGCGCGACUUCGGCCCGCCCGACACGAUCCUCGAGAUGGGCUCCUUCAUGCACGCCUGUGAAGGGGAGAUGGUGUGCAGCAGCAUAAGCGCGCAGAACAAGAUCCCGCAGUUCAACGCGCAGAUCUUCCUAGAGAACAAGACGUCCGUCGGCAAGGUUGACGAGGUCCUCGGCCCCAUCAACCAGGUCUACUUCACCAUCAAGCCCUCCGAGGGCAUCCAGGCCGGCAGCUUCAAGCCCGGUGACAAGUUCUACAUCGGCGCCGAGAAGGUCCUCCCCUUCGAGCGCUUCCUGCCCAAGCCCAAGCCUCCCCCCGGUGCCCCCAAGGUCAAGAAGUCGAGUCGCGGCGGCGGCCGGGGUGGACGCGGUGGCCCUAUCCGUGGAGGUGGUAAAGGUGGAUUCGGCGGUGGACGUGGCGGCCCUUCGAGAGGGGGUCGUGGCGGCUUUGGAGGUGGACGGGGCGGUGGUGGUCGUGGAGGAUUUAGCAGAGGGGGCGGCGGAGGCGGUUUCGGAGGCCGGGGACGGGGAGGAGGUGGUUUCAGCAGGGGAGGACGAUGAAUACGAUGAUGAUGAUACCCCGGUUUCCGUCACGCAAUCUCUCUUCCGCUCCUCCUGCUCUAUCGUUUUUGUUACACUUCAUACGGCUCAUGCGGCACGGGAAAUAGGCGUUCAGGAUUG